AUGAUCGACGAUCUCCUCACUAGAGUCUCGCCAAAGACGCUGGCCGUCGCCCUCGUUGCCAUCUAUAUAAUUUUCUACACAUCAAAACUACUCAACAAUGAACGACGGAUAAGAAGAUUGGGCGGACACGCGAAGAGAAUAUCUACAAAGUUACCCUUCGACCUCGACUUGAUAGCCCGAGCAGUGAAAGCAACCAUGAACCACCAAAACCUCCAAGCGUGGAACCACUGGUUCACCGAGUCGGUCGGGGGCAAGCGCUACACCAAAGAAGCUGCCAUCGUAGGCCGCCGCGUAAUUUUUACGGCAGAUCCUGAGAACAUCAAAGCCAUCCUCGCAACGCAGUUUACAGACUACGGCAAGGGCGAGCCUUUCCACCGCGAAUGGAAAGACUUCCUCGGUGACUCGAUCUUCACCACAGACUUGGAUCAGUGGCAUAGCUCGAGGCAGUUGAUUCGCCCACAGUUUGUUAAGGAUCGCGUCAGUGAUCUGGAGGUAUUUGAGCAACAUGUUCAGAUUUUGAUGCAGAAGAUGGAAGAGGCGGGUAGGAGAUCGGAUGGGAGUCAGGGGGGAGAACUUGACGUCAGUGACUUGUUCUUUAGGUAUACGCUUGAUGCGGCGACGCACUUCCUGCUGGGGACGAGUGUAGGUAGCUUAGAGGUGCCUGGGGAGGGGUUUGCGGAGGCCUUUGGAGAGGUGCAGAGGGUACAGAACCUCCUCACUAGGGCUGGGCCGCUCAGGUUCUUGGUUCCGAGGAAAAGCUUCAACGCAGGCAUCAAGACGAUCAACGAGUUCGUCACUCCCUACAUCGAGCAGACUCUUCGCCUCUCGCCGGAAGAGCUGGCUACGAAGACGAAGUCUGAAGAGGGCUACACCUUCUUGCACGCUCUUGCAGGAUUUACGCGCGACAGGGCGGUGCUGAGGGACCAGCUCGUUGCCGUGUUGCUGGCAGGACGAGACACCACUGCCUCAACCCUUUCAUGGACGUUCUAUGAGCUGGCCAGACAUCCGGAGAUCUGGCAGAAAUUGAGGGUAGAGAUCAAACAGCAAGUAGGACUUGAGCGAGCGCCAACAUAUGCCGAUCUCAAGGGCAUGAAGUACCUCCAAAACGUUAUGCAAGAAACGCUUCGCCUCUAUCCCGUCGUCCCAUUCAACUUGCGCCUCGCUCUCAGGGACACCACUCUCCCGCACGGCGGCGGGCCUGACGGGCUGUCCCCGGUGGGGGUCCUCAAAGAUACACCGAUCGGCUAUUCAACCCUUCUAAUGCAGCGACGUCCGGAUCUCACCCCUCCGUUAACAUUGUCUGAUGGCAAGAGUGUCGAGGUGAAAGACUUCUCCCCCGAGAGGUGGGAAAGUUGGCAGCCGAAGCCGUGGACUUAUACCCCAUUCAAUGGUGGACCACGCAUCUGUAUCGGGCAGCAGUUCGCGCUGACGGAGAUGGGAUAUACGAUUGUGAGAUUGUUGCAGAAGUUUGAGAGGAUAGAGAAUCAUAUGGGUGCUGUGGAUGGUGGGGAUCCAUGCUUGAAAGCUGAGAUUGUAUUGCAGCCUGGGCAGGGUGUCCGGGUUGGCUUCUUUCCUGCAAAGGAAGGGAUAAAAUCCGGAUGA